AUGGUGCGCCUCUCCGCCGUCUUCGGCUUCCUCCUUACCAUGGCCGUUGGUACCCAGGCUUCUUUCUACUGUCAGUGCUUGUACCAGGACGGUUCCCACUGCUGUGUCGCUGAAAACAAUGGCGGCUGCACCAGGUCCUGCUUGAACGUCGCGCCGCUGUUCGAGAACGACAAGCCCUGCAAUGCUGGAGGAAAGUCCUCGGACGUGAGCUUCUUCACCGCUCAGGGCCGCCACGCCUGCAACGACUAA